GAGCAGCCAAACCAACCUGUAAGGACCUAAGGGUGCAGCACAAAGAGCUCAGGCAACGGACAACAGCUCCAGGGAGAAAUGGGCAAUGCAGGUAUAGAAUCUACAGAACCCAGUCUGACUGUUGCCCUUGAGGGUGUCAGCAUAAAGUAUGAACAUUCAUGGCUCCACCGACAUUGUACUUCUACUUUGGUCCAUCAUCAAAGAGCAAGGGGAUCUGGACGACUUUUCUCAGGACUCAUGGCUCUGAAUGUGGUGUUCCUAGGUGCUGCUUUGGUCAGCAGUGUAAUCCUCACUUCAAUGCCUGCUCAGAAUUCUCAAAUCUAUCUUUCAAUCCUCAUGUUCUUCAGCUCAGCGUGGGCACUCUACUAUCUGCUGAGGACACGCAAGAAAUCAGGUGUCGCAGUGCUUCAGGACCACCACGCUGGUGCACUGUGGCUAAGAGCAUCUCUCAUUCUAUUUGGAAUCUUCAGCCUCCUCCUUGCUGUGUUCAAAAUUGGCUAUGAUGUGACUCUGUUGGAAUGUAAGCUGCCAAUGGAACUGCUAUUUUCUGUCAUGGAAAUCAUCUUUAUAAGCACACAGACAUGUCUUCUGUGGCUUUCCUGCAGGGAUUGUAUCCAGGUCCAACAUAAUCUAAGCAGGUGUGGCAUUAUGCUGACAUUGGCCACCAACUUAUUGCUUUGGCUCCUGGCAGUUAUAAAUGAUUCUGUUCACCGGGAAAUGCAGGGUUUAGUUCCAAACAGCACAACAGUUGAAAGCAGCAAGUGCUUGUGCCAAAGCUUAUCAAUAUGUAGGACCUUUCAGCGAGGAUAUGUGAUCUUAUACCCAUUCAACUUGGAGUACAGUCUUAUAUGUGCGUCUAUGCUUUAUAUAAUGUGGAGGAAUGUUGGCAGGAAAGAUGUCCUUCCCUCUGAUUUCUCCCACCCCAGCUUUCGUCUGCAAGAGGUCCUUUAUGGUCCAAUUCUUGGAGCUGCUGCUUUGCUAAUGGGAAUUAGCAUCUUCAUCUUGUAUCAGGUACAAGCCUCAGCAGGAACUGCAACCACCAGCUCCUUCAUUCUAUACUAUGGGUUCAGUGACACAAUACUACCAAUCAUGGUCAUCUCCUGUUUUAUAGGAAUAAUUGCACAAACCUUCAGGGAGAAACGUCUGGAUAUAACAGAACACGAUAGUGAGCAUAAUGAAGAUAGUGAAGGAAAGGUGAGAGAAAAUAGCCAAGAAGUGAAAAAAGAGUGCAGGCAUAGGAAUGUGGAGAUGUGCAAAACACAUGGGCACUUGGAAAGAGAUAUAGGGGAGCACACAGAGACAAAGGGAGAAGAGGAUAACUGGCAGGCACAGGAGGAUAUCGAGAAGCAUAGUGGGAGACACGGGGGAAAUGAUUGGGAUAAUGGAAGUCAGGUAGAGAAUGGAAAGUACAAUGAACAUAUUACAAUGCAGGAGCUUGAAAAAGAAGAGCAAAAGGAGCAUCUGGAACCCAAUCAUCAUACGCGGACAACAAAGAGAAAAGUUAGUAUGGAGAAAAACUGUCAUCGGGACCACAAGUACAUAAGCCAGAGUUGUGCACCUAAAAACUACACCCGUAGUCUUGAGAUUAUACUCUUGCUGGGAGCUGCCCUUGGACAAUUCACCAUCUCCUAUUAUUCCAUUGUUGCUAUUGUAGCCACAGGUUCAUGGAACGUUCUGAACAGCAUAAACCUGGCAUACUCAAUCCUCAUGAUCUUGCAACAUGUGUUUCAAAAUAUUUUCAUAAUAGAGGGCAUGACAAAAGAGCAUAAGGGACACGUAUGCACAGCGCCAAAUAUGGAGAGUAAAGAGGAACCGGACGAAGCACCUCGUAGGAUGUCCAUGCUGGAGAUACGCAGAGUCUCCUUGGCCUAUUUGCAAAGUUUUGGACAUCUCAGUAUGAGCCGCAGACUGGUGAAGGAGAUUGCACUCUUCCUAGUGUUCUGCAAUAUCAUGUUAUGGGCCAUGUCAGCUUUUGGAGAACACCCUCAGUAUACGAAUGGUCUGGAACGUGAAUUCUAUGGAUCUUCAGCUUGGUUUUCUAUCAUCAACUUUGGACUGCCUCUGACUGUCUUCUACAGGAUGCAUAGUGUAGGAGGGCUACUAGAAGUCUAUGUUACUGCCUAAUAUCCUCAUUUUCUAAUAAAUGUUUCAAAAGUUCCAA